UUUUUCAGAGGAAAACGCAGGGUUUGUCCUUUGCUCUGACGUCAGAUCUUGCUUUAACAAAACCCCCCAGGGCUGCAGAGGAGGGACAGCUGCACUCCCGAUGGGCCGGGCCAGUCUGGGCCCAGCUCCCCAGAGAGGCGGUGGGAUCCUCUGCUCUCCUCAGUGGAUGCCUCUGCCCCCGGCUCCCAGGCAUGCAGUGCUUCCUCUCUUGGGCGCUGGCAGCAGUGACGGCAGCAGCCGCAGGCAGCAUCCUGGCCACGACCCUCUCUCCAGCCCCCGCCACCAUGGGCGUCACUCCAGCACCAGUGGAAGACACAGCCUCACACCUCGAAUUCUGCAAGUGGCCAUGUGAGUGCCCACCGUCACCGCCCCGCUGCCCGCUGGGGGUCAGUCUAAUCACAGACGGCUGUGAAUGCUGUAAGAUAUGUGCCCAGCAGCUGGGGGACAACUGCACAGAGGCUGCCAUCUGCGACCCCCACCGGGGCCUCUAUUGUGACUAUAGCAGGGACCGCCCGAGGUACGCAAUAGGAGUGUGUGCACAGGUGGUCGGCGUGGGCUGCGUCUUGAAUGGAGUGCGUUACAGCAACGGGGAGUCUUUCCAGCCCAGCUGCAGGUACAACUGCACAUGCAUCGGUGGUGCGGUGGGAUGCACGCCGUUGUGCCUCCGUGCACGCCCUCCACGUCUCUGGUGCCACCAGCCCCGACGUGUAAGAGUGCCAGGCCAGUGCUGUGAGCAGUGGGUGUGUGAAGAUGAUGACUGGAGACCUCGACAAACUGUGCUGGGUGACACCACAGCCCUGGCAGCUAUCAGUGACAUGGAACCCUGGCAUGGGAACUGCUUACCCUACACCAGCCCUUGGAGCCCGUGCUCCACUAGCUGUGGCCUAGGCAUCUCCACGCGGAUCUCCAAUGCCAAUGCCCAGUGCUGGCCCGAGCAGGAAAGCCGCCUGUGCAACCUACGGCCAUGCGACGUGGACAUCCGGCUGCACAUCAAGGAAGGGAAGAAGUGUCUGGCUGUUUUCCAGCCAGAGGUGCCCAUCAACUUCACUCUGGCAGGCUGCGUCAGCACCCACUCCUACCGGCCCAAGUACUGUGGAAUCUGCGUGGACAACAGGUGCUGCAUCCCCUACAAGUCCAGGACAAUCGAUGUCUCCUUCCAGUGUCCAGAGGGGCCUGGCUUUUCCCGCAAGGUCCUGUGGAUCAAUGCUUGCUUUUGCAAUCUGACCUGUAGGAACCCUAAUGACAUCUUUGCCGACUUGGAACCCUACCCUGACAUCUCGGAAAUUGCCAACUAGUGAGUCACAGACCAUGAGGCUUGGGACCUAGUUAAAUGCUUAUAAAGCAGCCAGCACUCUGAGGCCAAUAAUGUCACAACUGAGCCUUCCUUUGACUAGUACUUACUCACUUUUAAAACCUCUGAUCUGGACCUUCAGCCUCCUUUCCUGUCUUCCACCACUUACUUGAUCCAUGUUGGUGCUGCUCAGGCCCAAACAAUGAGCCCCUUCUUGGGUGACAAUGUCUAUCGCACCAAAGAAAAUACCUAUUUAUAGCUGUUCUGGGCAACACUCCAGUCUGAUUCAGGCUGGCUUGCCCAGGUUGCAGCUAGACACCCAGUGUCACAGAUUCUCUCUUUAGUGGCCAACUCAGAGGAGCCCUUAGGUCCAUAUAGAAUGGUACAUGGGGAUGAAAACAAUGAAGUGUUAUUUGUACCCUGUCACACAGGACUCUGAUGGCCAUUUCUCUCUGUAGUGCAUCAAAAGAAGCUCUUGUUACAAAGAUUUGUGCACCACAGCAUCACCGAACAUGUGUCAAGUGAGGUGAAUAACUGUUUGGUUUUGAUGCUUAGUGUAAAGUUAUGUUCCUCAACUUGAACAUUGCUAAGAUUCAAUUUCCCUUCACUCCUCCCCUGAGAAGGGUUCAAAUUGCGUUCAUCUCCAUCAGAAUUGCAACUUGAGAAACUUCAUGUUUGCUGAUGGGGAAAACCUCCAGGCAAUACUCAAGGCCAUGGCAAGGUCAAACUUGAGAAACAAAAUGCUGGCUGCUGAUCAGCAUUUCUUUGGGAGUUGGUCAGGAUCUUCUUUGCAGGCUGACCGUUUUCUCUGCUCAGGGGGCUUGGAAAUUGGUGAACCCCCAGGGGUGGCCCUUUGUGCCAAGAAUGGUGUCCUGGUAGAUUUCUCUACCCUAUGAUGCUGGGCAGAGUCCUCUGAAGUCCAAACCAGACCCAUCAAGUCAGGUGUGGGUGGAACCAAGAAUCAGGUCCACAUUUCACUAGUCUGAGGUGGCUGCUGGUGAGAGAGGUUGUGAGACCAUACAGUCCCCGGCCUAAGACACAUCUCCUUAAUGCAGUAAAUGACUUCAUAGAUCUUGGUUCUGUGGAUCAAAACAAUUCAGUUUUCUGGUCAGAAGCCGACAAGUUGCUUAGAUAUAAAAAUACAUUUAAUAGGAGUUAAAAGCUAAAAAGAAUUGACACUAAAAGAAAGUUGUUAUAAAUGGAAAUGAAACUUAUUUAUUUCAUUACUAGACUAUGUUAGUAUCAUAUUCUAUCUUCUCUAUGCUGGACACGGUUCUCCACACUCUGUAUGUGCUUGCUUAUUGAAUCUUGAUAUUGUUGAGAAGUUCUCAUUAUCACUUUGGGUCUUACAAAUGUGAAACAGAAGCUCAGAAAGGCAAGGGAAACUUGACCAGAGUCAUCCACCUGGUAAAUGAAGGAUUUGUAAUUUAAGUUCAAGUGAGACUGACCUCAUAGUUUGUACUUCUCCAGUUUGUAGAUCUUUCAAAUGUGUUAUAAUAUCCAAACAGUGAAAUAAGCAACUUUAUGUUCUUGUUUUUUGCUUUUACUAUUGUUUUUCUAGCUUUUCCCCCAAAGGAAUGUCUGAUUUCUGAUAAUUUAGACACUCAAGGACCCUACCCCCCCAAAGUAGGAUGGACAAAAAUCUAUGCAUUCUUUAAGAUCAUCCUUUUCUUGAAAGAACUAACUUAUGUCACACAUUUAUAAGUGGUUCUGCUUACUUGAUACUGCAUACCAGGCUGAUGUGCAGUUAUUCAUGAAGGAAUGACAUACAGCGUGAAUAGGGUCUCUUCAACAGGAAAAAGAGUUGGGAAUUUGCCUUCCUUACUGUGAUCUCCCAAAGGCCUGACAUGACAGCAGGCAUACAGUGGUGCUCAGUAUGUAUUUGAUGAAUAAAAUAAAUUGUAUUUGUGUUUCUA